AUGGACAAGACCGCGUCACGUGCAGCAAUACAUCUGCGGAGCUUCGACUCCGAAUGCGCGUUCUUCAAUCCCAGCCCCGACAACGCUCUUCUUACAAUUACUGCUGCAACCAGGGCCACUGCCCUAUCUGAAACAAUGGCGACCGAUGCCGCACUUCAAGAUCCUCUUCUGUCGCUCCGACGUGCGAUUGCCUCUGGCAACCUCCCAACGCCGACGACCUCAUCCGAGCUCUCAGAUAAACCUGCCACAGAUGACCUAGCCAAAGCCACACAUCUUUAUUUCACUCAGCCAACCCCUCAGACAAUCGCUUUGUCGACUUUAACACGAUUUAUCUCCACGUCGACAAAGUCCCCCGUUGACCUGCGCAGUAUCCUUUUCGCCUGGCAGAACAAAGAUGUCGCCAUUCCCGAGUAUAUUGCUAAGGCGCAGGAGUUCAAUGAGGCAUUGAAACAGCAGACACCGGAGGGUGGUAAGGAAGAGAGUGUUCAGAUUCUGAUCUUCCUCGAACGUCUCGACCUUUUCACCUGGUUGGAGGGCGCCUCUGACGACAGCGAACACAUCAAACCCCUCGAGGGUGCUGCCGCCGCUGCCGAGGCCGCCAGUGCGGCCGCAGGUGUUGCGCAGGCUGAGAAUGCAGCCGGAAUCGCCGCUGGUGCGACUGGCGGUGUCGCAGCCGUCCCCAGUGGUACCGUAGGAGCCGCACCGCCUGGAGCUCAAGCCGGGCGUCCACAGAAGCAGAUCGAUCCUCGACUGCAGGAGAUCUACAACGGAGAGCGCAAGACCGGUGACCGCAACACAGUGCUUCGUGGAAUCAAGCCAACAGACUUCUCACACGUCCGCAAGAGUGCUGAAAUAUUCCUUGACCGCAACCGCAAUCGCCCUGGCCAACCAAGCGCCAAACCCGGCACCAAGGUCCCAGCUCCAUCAGCCGGACUCUCGAUGCCAUCAUCCCGCAAGUCCAGCUCGCACUCCCGCCCCGACCCAAUCAUCCUGAUCUCGCCCUCCGCCUCAUCCCUCAUCCGCAUGUCGAACGUCAAAUCCUUCCUCGAACAGGGUAUCUUCGUACCCCCGGACCACCCCACCCUCUCCAGCACCACAGACGCCAACCUCGUGAAGCUGGAGCGACCACUCCGCAUCAACGGCGACCCAUCCAACCCCAGCGCAAGCGCAAGCGGCUCCCGCACCGGUGGCAAAUCCACCCGCCCAACCAAGUUCAUCGUCGUCGACGGCACGACCAACUUCAAGCCCGAGUACUGGAACCGGCUCGUCGCCGUCUUCACGACCGGCCAGACCUGGCAGUUCAAGUCGUACAAGUGGUCUUCGCCGCCGGAGCUGUUCAAGCACGCCACCGGUGUCUACAUCGGCUGGCGAGGCGAGGAUGUCCCCGGCCAAGUGAAGGGCUGGGGUCGGGGCGUUGCGAACUUUGCUGUUGAGCGCUGGGAUGAGAAGAACGGUGUUCAUGGUGGUGGACGCUGGCGGGAUCGUGAGGUCGUUGAGGGUAUCUGGACGGCUAUUGAGGAGGGUAUGAAACUUCGUGGUUGGGGUGCUAAGUAG